AUGUCUGGACUCAAUGUCACCCUUGGUUACUUUCUCGCUGUUGUGGUGUUUGGUGCAGCCUUUAGAACCCUUUUCAGAAAAUGGCCUCGUUUGAGCGUUGCAGCAGAGUUUCCGGCCUCGUUUGUGCUGGUGGCAUGCUGGCUGGAGGUGCAGACCAUUAAAGAGGUGGGCGAGUGGGCAGGAGGACUGGGUCCAGACGUGACUCUAACCAUACUGUUUUUAGUGCUGCUGACCCAUGGUGUGAUCUGUGCCGGAGCCACUGGAAACCCCUCCCUGACUCUGAUGAAUUUCCUGCUGCUGGAGACCCAUACUCUGCCCACUCUGCUGGCUCUGGCUGCUCAGUUCCUGGGGGCACACCUGGCUCUGCUUGGGGCUGGCUACUACUGGGCCCUGGAGCUAAACGACAUGCACAUGAUCAAGAACCUGAUGUCAAGGGAGUGCAGCACAGCCCUGCGUGUCUCCCUGGUGCAGGGGGUCAUUUCUGAGUGUGUGUGUGCAUUCAUCUUUUAUCUGAUAUACCUCAGCCUGAAACGGCGCUCUGCGCUGAUUCGGGUUCCUCUCGUUGCAGCUGUGCUCACCUUCUUCUCCCAUUCAGCCAGUGAUUAUACCAUGGCUUUCCUGAACCCCUCCCUGGCCUAUGGCCUUACCUUCUACUGUCCCGGGUUCACCUUUACGGAGUACUCAGUGGUCUACUGGCUUGGGCCCAUUUUUGGAAUGACCCUUGCCCUUCUCCUGUACAUGGGCCACAUUCCUAGGAUUUUUACCAAGAACCUGCUGUAUUCCCAGAAAACCCGCUUCCGUGUGCCAAAGGGGGAGGGAGAUAAAAAAAAGUGA